UCCACCUGGAAAAAAAAUCCAACCCCCUAAUAAUAAUAAUAAUCAGUUCCCAGAGUUCGCUCAUUUUUGCUCCCUAACGCCACUCCUAAACAUUUUCAUCCGGCUUUCCUGCCGGUUUCCUUUCGCAGUCCUCGACGACCUCAGAAUAAAGAUCCCGCGUGUCCCGUCUUGUGACCAUCGAAUUGCUGUUCGACACGCCGCCCCGAAGUCGCGUCCAAACCCCCUAUCAUCGUCGGGAUGGCGUCUCGCACCCACCCCGCCUUCACCCGCGCUGAGGUUGAAACCCACAACUCGAAAGACUCCUGCUACGUCACUAUUGAUGACAAGGUUUACGAUGUGACGGAUUUUGUCCAAGACCACCCUGGCGGCCCCGAGCUUAUCCUCGACUACGCCGGCAAAGACGUAAAGGAGAUACUGAAAGACGCGACCUCCCACCCCCACUCCCAAGCGGCGUACGAGGUCCUCGACGAGUCUCUGGUUGGAUUCCUCGCCUCGGAAAAUGUCACCAACGGCUCUGCACCAUCAGCAGUAAAUGGAAGCCAGAAAGGCGCGGACUGGGUCCAUCCCAGGACUGGGAUGUCACGCGAGGAGGACCUGAGCAAGGAAACCGACUUCACGACCGACUACAAGACGCACAAAUUCCUCGAUCUCAGCCGCCCCCUUUUCCCUCAGAUUUGGUACGGCGGUUUUAGCAAAGAGUUUUAUUUGGACCAGGUUCACCGACCUCGUCACUAUAAAGGCGGCCAGUCCGCUCCCCUCUUCGGCAACUUCCUGGAGCCGCUCUCCAAGACGCCUUGGUGGGUUGUUCCCACCAUCUGGCUGCCACCCGUGGCGUAUGGCACGUACGUCGCCAGCGAGGGCCUGGGCGGCGUGGAACAGGCGGCGUACUGGGGACUGGGCUGCUUCCUAUGGUCCUUGGUCGAAUACAUAUUGCACCGAUUCCUAUUUCACCUUGAUGAAUGGCUCCCUGAUAACCGAGUCGGCAUAACCGUCCACUUCCUUCUCCAUGGCAUUCACCACUACCUUCCUAUGGACAAAUAUCGCCUCGUGAUGCCGCCGACUCUCUUCGUGGUACUCGCCACCCCUUUCUGGAAGCUAGCGCAUACCAUCUUCUCCUAUAAUUGGUACGCGGCCACAAGCGUGUACUGCGGAGGCAUCUUCGGUUACAUCUGCUACGAUCUCACCCACUACUUCUUGCAUCACCAGAACCUGCCGCUGUGGUAUAAACAGCUGAAGAAGUAUCAUCUCCAGCACCACUUCCUGGACUACGAGCUAGGUUUCGGCGUCACCAGCCGUUUCUGGGACCGCGUAUUCGGGACCGAGCUGCUACCCGUUGUGAAAACGAACUGAACCCCUGGAGGGUGGAAAUGCACCACAGUCUUGGACAUGAAAUGGUUGGUCUACCCUAGAGUUCAUAUUCGCUGUCUACCCCCUAGUGCAUGGGAGAGACCAAUUUGCUGCCUAGCUCUUUGUUCACGGUGACUUGGGGAGUUCAUGUAACAAUGGUUCUACGAGAUGAUGGAAAGCCCUUAGUUUUGGCAAUACGCCCUGCUGUAUGAUACUAGAAUUUUAAAACUGAAUUAAUUAGAUAAUGUUUAAUCUCAGACGUCUGCUCGCGCCG